AUGUUUAGUUUUGGGUAUAAAAAUUUAUAUGAUGCUAAACCAAUUAUACCUGGGCCUGGUGAUUACGAGCUUAGAAAGGAUUUAUCGGGGAAAGCAAUUCAGAAUAAAGACAAAUUUAUCCAUCGUUCAAUUAGCAAUAAAAAAUUACAAAAUGAUGAUUCAUUUAUUCAUAGACUUAAAAAUCAUAAUGAUUGUUAUGAAGAAUAUCAAUUAAAUGAACAAAGAAAAUUGACUGAAUUACAUAAACAAUAAAAUUAGCAUUCGUUUACUACGUCUGAGAGAUCAAAAUGCUUUAUAUUACCUUCAAUCUCAAAAGGCCCAUAAUAUUAUGAUGUUAAGGAUUUAAAAAGUGAUCGUUCACUCAACAUAGGAAAGUAUUCGCCAAGAAAAGAUAUUUUUGAUUUAUAAAAGGAAAGAAUUUCAAAAAAUAGUUGUUCUAAAAUUGACACGUCCAUAAGUAUAGAAUAGAAAAUGUAAAAGCCUUAGAAUUAUUGGUCUCAAGAUAAACCACACCAAAAAUAUAUUGUUUCUUAUUAUUCGAGAGCUAAACCAAUUCCAAAAUUUAGAGACUACUCAUAUAUUAGUAAAGAUAAAAUAGGUCCAAGCUUGAUUGAUUAUCCGAAAGAUAAAAUAAAAGGUAGAACAUUUAAAAAAGACUAAAGAUUUAAAAUUGCCAAAAUUAAUAAAGUUGAUAUUCAUCAAGAAUACUAUAUAUAGAAAUUAAUUAAAAAUAAGGAUUAAGUAUCACCAGGUGAUAAUGAGUCUAGUGCUUCAGAAGAAUUCAUCAAUCUCAAAAUUCUAGAUUUCACUGAAAAAGUGUUCUUUGAUAAAUAAAUUAGAGUAAAGAAACCUUUCUAAGAUGUAAUGAGAUAGAAAGUGCCUGGACCAGGAAAUUAUGAAAUAAAGGUUUAAUCAGGAAAAUAGUAUUCAUUUCCAAAAGGUAAAAGAUAUAAUAAGUUUUUUUGGGAUUUACUAUGA